UGGCGUCUUAAUCUGUGUGGGUGGAUUGGUUCGAAUUUUGUCUCAGUUAAGAUGAGAACCCUGAGAUCGGUGAUCUGUAUACUAGGUCUUGGAAUACUAGGUCUUAGUGGAGUCUUAGGACAGGAUUAUGGACCUGUUAGUUUAGAUGCAAUAGAUCCUCUCACAUUAUCAUGGAACCAGAUUCAUUGGCUAGUGCGUGAUCAGAUAAAGGAAGUUGAAGAGAUAAAACAAGAACAUGAUGAGAUAUAUAAUCAGAUUACAGGAUGUUUCGGCCUGGAGAAAUGUUUAAGAGAAUUUGAUCUUCUUGAUAUAGAACCUGGGAGCAAACUUUAUGAAUUAGGACUCAGGUAUAUGGAUGUAAAGAACGAUCUUGUUGUACGAAAGAAUGCUGUUGAUAAUGCGCAGGGAAGACUACAAGAGCAGAUAAGAGAACGAGAGCGUCAAAGAGAGAUUUUAGAAGAACAACGAAGACAGGAGGAGCAGCGAAUGGCAAAAGAAAGAUGGAGAGGGGAGGAAGAGAGAAGAAGAGUAGAGGAGAGGAGAAGAGUAGAAAUAGAAAGACAAAGAAUGGAAGAGGAGAGACGGAGACAAAGUUCUUUGUCGUCAUUUAGUUCGUCCUCGUCCUCUUAUUCGUCCCGAGGAUCGUCCUCCAGAACGUCCUCCUCCAGAGGUUCUUCUACUAGACCAUUAGACGAAUUCCCAGACGAUACAAGUUCUUGGACUUCUUUCUUCUCAAACUCAACCUCUUUCGGUCCUAAACCUCAGGUUUAUGAAACCAGUUACAAGUACAGCUCCAGGAACAGGGAGUAUAAUACACCUCUCAAACCAAACUAAUCUUCGGCUACAAAGUAAUGGUGUAAUACACAAGAGAAAAGUAGUUCAACAGGAUCGGCCUGGUUCAACUACCUUUCUUUGGCCAACGAGAUUAAAUAAAGAAGUGGUUCAACUAAGCGUACACAGUUCAACUACUUCAUUCUAUUCAUUAAUCUAAUUAAUGAACUAAUUGAUGAUUUAUUAUACAGUUGAUUUUUAACAAUUAAAGAUACUAUAAUGUACUGUAGUAUAUAUACCAAUAAAUAAAUUAUCUUAAACUUUUCA